AUGGCGCCGGACGCAGCGUUCUCUAACAUCAGUGACAAGAAUGAGUUUACUAAGUUCGCAAAGUUUCUUGCCUAUAAAGGAGUUCAGGUCAUCGUUGAAUCCAGGAAAGGGGUUAAAAUCGAACCCAACACAAAAAUGCAAACAUCCGACUCGGACUGGUUCAAUUUACAGAUUCCCGAUUCACCAGAAGUCAACCAAGCCACCAAAAAUGCUUUACCAUCAGAUAGGAUACUAGAAACUAUCAAAUCGCAGUUACAUGUAGAGAUAUCUGUCCAAACUGAAGAUGGUGAUGAAAUGGUCCUUGAAUUAUGGACUUUAGAACUAGACGACACCCAGUUUGAUACGUCGCUUAAAGCUAUGAACACAGUGUACUUCAGAAUGGGGAUACUUUUAAAGUCCUUAAUAACCAUCACGAGAAUUACUCCCGCAUAUCAUUUAUCUAGAAAACAAAGGACUGAAUCGUUUACUAUUUUCUACAGAGUGUAUAAUGGGGAACCUAAAUUGAAAGCCUUAGGUGAUUCAGUAAAGAAAAUCCAAGCUGGUAUUCUAAAAACACCUCUCGGUGGACUGUGUUUCACAGUUUCUUACAGAACCAACUUCUCAAUAUCUCCUAAUCGAUCUGAAACUAACAAGACAUUGCUACUAAAAAGCGAUCACUUUGAACUAAGUCCAAAACACGUUAUUUUUGAAUCGAAAAAGAAGAAAGAGAAAGAGCAAAAGUCUUUUACACCUGUUGAUUUAAAUAAGCCUCUUAGAUUAGCGGCCUUUGUAGACGAGUAUGUAAUUCAAAAAGUGGUUCAGGAAUUCUUUGAGAAAAUGCCCGUACCUAAAUGCAGAGCCCUCCGUAGACCACAAACCCCUGAAGACAUUCCCUGUGUAAUAGACUGCAAAAGCACUCAGGAUUUAGAUAUUACUGCAAUAUCAAAAAGCCCGACCUCAUCAGAAUUGCCACCUAAAAAAUUUCCUGGAUUCCGCAGUGAAAAUGAACCGCCUCUGAAACUAUUACAUUUCCCAUUUGCUGACGAUCAUCCGAUACGAGAGUUGGCGGAGUUUUAUAAAGAUUUCUUUAACGCGCCUCAUUUAAAGUUAUCAGAUGAAUAUCCGGAAAAAUCAAAAAGUACAGAAUGUCUGGAUGCUGAGAACAGAAUCGAUGAUCUUUCCAAAGAUUUAGCCUUACACGAAAGUUCGGUUUUGGAAUUUGAUGAAUUAUUGGCCGACAUGUGCAGAUCGGCCGAAUGGAGUGGGAAU